AUGUGGCUUCUAACGACUUGGUUACUUUGGGCUCCAGUUGGUGGGCAAGUGGUUAAUGCCACCAAGGCUGAGAUCACCUUGCGGCCUCCAUGGCUCAGUAUUUUCCUGAAAGAAAAUGUCACUUUAUCGUGUAAGGCGCCUCACCUGCCUGGAAACAGUUCCACACAGUGGUUUAUCAAUGACACAGCCAUUCUGGUCUCCACACCUACUUAUAGCAUCCAGGGGGCCAGUUUCAAGGAUAGUGGUGAAUACAAGUGUCAGAUAGGUCCCUCAAUGCCAAGCGACCCUGUGCAGUUGGAAAUCCACAAUGAGUCUUGGGUGAUACUCCAGGUCUCUCGCAGAGUCCUCGCAGAAGGAGAACCUCUGUUCCUUAAGUGUCACGGAUGGAAGACUAAGGUGAUGAGCAAAGUGGUUUUCUUUCGAAAUGGAAAAACGCUUCGGUAUGUUCAACAGUCUGAGUUAGAUAUUACGAGAACCACCCUGAAUGACAACGGCAUCUACUACUGCUUAGGCACGGGAAGAAGACACCGCUACAAGUCUGCAGACGUGUCUAUCACGGUGAAAGCUUUCUCUUUAGAGCUAUUUGCCACACCAGUGCUGAGAGUAUCCUUGCCAUCUCCCUACCCGGAGGGGAGUCAGGUCAACCUGACCUGUGAGACAACGUUGUUCCUGCCGAGUCCUGGCUUACAGCUUUACUUCUCCUUCUACAUGGGCAGCGAGAUCCUGGAGGAGAAGACCAUAGCCUCAGAGUACCACAUACCAAGCAUGCAAAGAAAAGACUCUGGAUUGUACUCCUGUGAGGUGUUCACGGAGGGCAAGACAGUCCUUAAGCGCAGCCCUGAGCUGAGGCUCAGAGUGCUUGGUGCCCAUUCAUCAGCUCCUGUCUGGUUUCACAUCCUAUUUUAUCUGUCAGUGGGAGUAUUGUUUUUGUGA